CAACGAUGCCAUGCCAGACGCUUUCAAUUCGGUAGAGCCUGCGCAGCUUUCAUUUCUGGCGAUCUACAAUCCGCGCCUCGGUCCGACCGACGAAACCAUCCAGGACCAGGUCGUCUUCUAUACCUCCAAGUCCAGCAGAUCGCGCCGGAUCGAGAGCUCGACAGUAACGAACGAUGACAAAGAAGUAAAUGGCGAGUGGAACGAGAGGUUGCGCCAGAUAGGUCUGGCGCAGGGCAUGGUGAGCUUUGCCAGGAACUUCUCGCAAGGCAAAGCUAUAGACUAUGUGGAAACGGGCAAGUCUCUUAUUGUCUUGCAUGAACUGGAGAAGGACUGGUGGGUAGUAGCGUCCAUCGACCUCACCCGACUUCCAAACAAGGACGCUUCUCAGAAACCCUCCUCUCAGCGCGAUUCUCCUGAGGCUCCCGCCUUUUACUACUCCUCUCGAGAGAUAUGUCCCCCGUCGCUGCUGAUCCAGCAACUCCGCCGGGCACACUCGCUUUUCCUCCUUCACCACGACUUUACGCUUGAUGCCUUGUACGAACGCGUUGGCCGGCCCACAUUCUGUACUUUUCUCGACCAUUUUUGGCGGGGAUUCUCCUGGGGCUGGGAUGUUCUGCUCAGCGGGAAUCCAGCUGUCGAUAUCUACAAUGGGAUCAAACUCUCGGCUGGUGGCGAGCUAGGUGUAGGAGUCGGCGAGGAGGAGUGGGGGAGCGGAGAAAGAGCAGUUCUGGAGGACUUUAUAAGCCGGACUGACGGCCUUGUGGAUCUGGUUGUCUCCAGAUUUGGUAAUUCGUAUGCGCCGAAGGAGACCGCCGACGAGUCAGACGACGAAAGACGGUGGCUGGGUUCGAACAGCUUUCCCAGUCCGUCAGACGGAGUGGUCUUCUCAGGAACAGGCGCCAUCUCACGAUCUACUUUGGCCCGAGUUUCCCAGUGGAUGGAAUGGGUCUAUAGGUACGGUGUUGAUGCAUACGGAAUUGGCGAAGACCCGACCUCGCCCCGGCGUCGAAAGCGGCGAAGGCAAAAGGGCCGCUCCUCCACGAAAGACGCAAAGUUGCCGCCUGGCACGUCGAACGACCCCCAGGUUACAAGUCCAGAUCGCAGUUUCUCUCCCGGCAUCCCACCUCCACUAGUAUUAGGAGCACCACAACCUUCUCAGUCUGCUCAUGAUAAUGAGGACGCAGCAGAAGCCCCUGCAAGUGAAGACGGCUCCUCCUCGGCCGGGGGAAGCGAACAAGGGAAUGAUUGGAUGCGACUCAGGACGGGGACUGUUGUGAAGUACCUGACUCUUGGGUACGGUUCUACCUGGGGGAACUCAUCUGCGGCCAGCUCCCAUCCUCGCGUCGAGGCCUUAAAACGAGAGGACAGGUCGCCCAGCAAGGACAAGCAAUCGGGUUCGUCCGCAGAUGCGCAACCCCAGGAUGCGUCCACAGAAACCGCAUCCCAACCAGGGGAUACUGCGAGACCCAAGAGUUGUGGAAAAUUCCUUGUCGGAUCCCAGGACUGGCUGGAGAAACCAUCAGGGAGUCCUGAUUUAGACGAGUUGUCAGAACCAGCCGAGAUCUCGCACAGGACCCUGCAUGUUCACCUAGGAGAGCCAUCAGAACAGAAUGCGACCGUUGCCACGAAACUACGUGCAGUCAUCUAUAUACACCAACCCUUCAUAUACACAUUCCUCUUCGAUUCCGAGACGCCCUCUCUCACCGACCACGCCUUCUACCAAAGCAUCCACCUCCAACUCGCACCCAUCCAAAAAGCCCUAAACAGCUCCACCUCACCAGCAACAGCCGCGUCGCGAAUAUCCAUGUCUCGAAGCACAACCGACAUCAACCACCGAUUCACCACCAAAAACAAACCCAUCUACGACCUCGUCUACGACCCAUCCAACCUCACAAUCCGCUCCUCCAUCCCCAACAUCCCCGACCUAGGCAUCUCCCCCGCCGACCCUCCAAGCCCGAGUGUACACACACCCUGGUCCCGCGUCGAGAGCCUCAACAUCCACCACCGACUGCUCAGCACCUACGUCGAGACGCGCGCCCGACCUCUCGAAACCGAACGCACCUGCAAAACCAGCCGCGGCUGGUGGGUCAUCUGGGUGCGCAUGUCUGACUCAAACCGCCGGAGCAGCGAAUCCGACCUGUCAACCGCAGACGACAGAGACGGAGACCUGCAGCAUCAGGAGGCGUUCGUCAUCCGGAAAUCAAGCGACCAUGUCCCCGCUGUGGCCCACAGUCGCAGCGGGAGCGGCACCAGGUUCUUCAGGGACCUGGGAGGGGCGCCGUCAUCACCGGGACUGCCGUCUUCGUCGUCCCGGGCGGCGGACACAGGACCGGGAAAACUUGUUGAGGGGUUGGGGUUGGACGCGAGGCGGUAUAUUGAGAAUUUAUUGAGUUUGAAUAGAUAAUUGACAUACUUUGGGGGUGGGUCGCAAUCGGACUG